AAUCGAAACUGGAGUUUGAGUCUCGGAGGUCGCGCAUCGUACCAAAUGGUCGAAAUCACUGUUCCUUUCGUCGUGUGCGACCGCUAAAGUCAACUCUUCCCUCAUCCCAUAGUGAGGGACGCCUCAUUACCGCCCCCGAGCGCGGUACCCAUUAUGACAGAGCUUCAGCCUUCACAGCCUCCAAAUAUUGCCCCUCAGAACGAUGGUUCAGGCGCAACGGUAGUAGAAGCUCCUCAUGAAGCUCCUGAACCCGUUCCCAUUACCGAACAAGAGGUUGGGGAGUAUCGCGAGCAGGACCGCUUUCUUCCUGUACGUACAGGCUACAGUAUGGAUCAAUGAUUGCAAAUGUCGCACGUAUCAUGAAAGGUUCUGUACCUGGGACAGCAAAGAUUUCCAAGGAAGCGAAAGAAUGUGUGCAGGAGUGUGUCUCUGAGUUUAUCAGCUUCAUAACUUCAGAGGCAGCAGAGAAAUGCCAGAUGGAAAAGAGAAAGACUAUUGGCGGAGAGGACAUCCUGUAUGCCAUGAUCACGCUAGGCUUCGACAACUACGCAGAGGUCCUAAAAAUACAUUUGGCAAAACUGCGGCAGCACCAGACCGCAGUGGCUGGGUCUUCGCGCGAAGCUACCAACGAGGGUCGUGGUGAAUAAUUGUAUCAAUCCCUCAACGUAAGCGGAGACCGCCAUUCGCUUUGGGGCUCUCCUUCUGAAAAGUUGUCGGUUGUGCACUUCUCGCAGUUCGCUCGAGCCUGUAGAAGCUUUGCACCGUACGUCCUGAGUCCGUAUGUAUGUACGGCAAUUUGUUUUGAACGAUACAUGCAUUCUCAUGAAUUGAUGUGUUGGAUGGUACUUACAUGGAGCUUGUAAAAGAGUGAUUAUAUGCAUCAUGCCUAACCCCCUUCUACUUGUAAAAACCUGGUAAUGCGAACAGCUCCAUGAAUGUUGUUCUGAACAAAAAGUGAAAAUGUAA